AAUACUGAAAACAAACCUAAUAAUAAGACAUCUCACCCAGACGGAGCACAAAAUCUCCGACUAAUUUGCACCAAUUUGAGGGGACAACUAAACGGAAGAGCAAACAUCGUUUUCCCUCCCGUACCACCAGGCCAUGGGAUCGAUGAAAAAUUAGCAAACUCAGUGCGCGUACGUACGCCAAGGUGUAAGCUUGCUCGGAACAUGUCGGACUCGCAAUCUCAAUCGCAAUCGCAGUCCAGCGUCGGUAAUCUGGCAAAGUCCUGCCCUGGUCUAGACGUGGUGGAGCAGGUCAACGGCAGCUUUGGCCGCUGGCAGCUUCGCACCAUUCUGCUGAUAUUCCUUUGCAAGAUUCCAAGUGCCUGGUUCACGGUCAUCAUCGUCUACACCGCUCCGAUUCCCUGGAAGGGUGAGCUGGUAUGCCACCCGGCCGAAUGGAAUGCCAGCCGGCCCCGGGUUGAGCGUGAGAGCCACACCCAUCCGCUGUGGCAGGAUGCACGCAGCACCGACCGGCUGUUCAAUGUGGACGUCUGCAACGCCUACUCCCAGUCCCUGGCCCGGGGAUUCGUGCAAAGUCAUGGCCGGGAAUGGAAUGCCUCGGAAUCGACGGAGCCGCAUGCUCGGUCCUCGCUGCCCUGCGAGCACGUGGAGCACAUGACCGACUACAGGUCACUGAUCGUUCAGUUCGAUCUGAUCUGCUCUCGCCGCGUCCUAGUGGCUGUGACGCAAUCCUUUCACGCCCUCGGCGCCCUGAUUGGUGGACUCAUGGCCUACUCGGCGCUCAAGAGAAUCAGUCCCCGCCGCCUGAUGUUGCUGGGCAUGAUUGGGCAGAUAUUCUGCGGAAAUCUGACUGGCCUGGUGGACACCUACCAGUUGCAUAUCUACUUCCGCUGCCUCACUUCCAUAUUCUGUGCUCUAAUGUACACUUCCGGGCAGUUUAUAUUAAACGACAUCACCUCGGGAAAGGCUCGCAUCAUUGUGGUCACCCUAUCGGAGUUGUUCUGGUCCAUGGGGCUCGUUCUGCUGCCCGCCAUAUCCAUAUAUUUCGAUGACUGGAGCUACCUGUACGUGGCCAUCUCCUCCUCCCUCAUCGUGCUGGUCUGGCUGCAUCGCUGGAUAGCGGAUGCCCCCCGCUGGCUGCUCCAGCACCAACGGGUGGAAGCGGCACUCAGCCAGCUGCUGGAGUCGGCCACCUACAACAACCGGAAGGUCCCGCUCACCCUGGACGUUCAGCUCACAGGCCUCGCCAAGGAGCUCGAGCUGAAGGCCCGGCAGAACCGCAGCUACUGCCAAAUCUGGGACGGAGAGACGAAGCGCAGCCAAGUGGUGUACAUCCACUGGAUCUGGGGCGGAGCCAUGGUCAUCUACAACAUCACCCUGCUGAUGAUACGCAACCUGGGGACCCAGCAGGUGCACGUGAACACCGCCGCCCUUGGGUUCGCUGAGAUGGUGGGCGUCUUCGUGGGCCUUUAUUUGAUCCUGUACACUCGUCGCCAUUGGCGCUGGGCUGGGAACCUCAUGAUAAUAGCUGGUCUCUCCACCUAUCUCAUCUGGAUGCUGCCGGAAACUGAACGUAAUUCCCGGCGGGUGGGCCUGGAGCUGCUUUUCUGGAUGAUUUUGAAAGUCUCCAACUCCGCCUCGAUAGCCGUGCUGACCACGUGCACGGGUGAAAUGGUGUCCAACGAGAAGCGCGUCUACCUGCUCCUCUCCGUGGUCUCAUUCAGUCGCCUGUGCUUGGUCUUCUCCCCGUUGCUCAGCUGCCUAACUGUCGUCCACCACUUGGUGCCCAUCACCAUAUUGGCCACGCUGGCUUGGAUUUACGGCUUGGCGCUGCGUCGUCUCAAUCGCUACUACUGGAACUCGGAGCAGCCGCACAUCAGCCAGGUGCCCACGCCCAACACCUACCGUCGCCAGUCGGCCAUCAUCAUGCGCCGCUGCAGCACCGCUAGCUCGGAGUGCAGUGCCUAUAGCAACGAGCUGCUGAGCAACUUUGAACGGAACAUGGCUGUCAGCAUAGCGGACAUUUGGCACAUUAACUUCCACCCUUCGAGUGAGAUUGAACUGGAAAUGGAACAGCAACAGCCGGAAGCUUUGAGAUCGCGCAGCAUGGAGACCAUUUGAAGAGCUUCAAAAAGGCCUAAAAGUAGGCUCCUCGGAUCUGUAGUAUGAUCUACACUUUAUUGUUUAUGCCUUAAUAUAUUAGUAAAAGUUAUAUUUAUAAGAGAUUAACUGAUCACAUAAAAGGACAUUGAUGAAGCAACUCUUCUUUAGUAAAGAAAAAAAAUUAUUAAACUCAUUAAUUAUUUGAUUAAUAAAUAUAAAAUGUUUGAAUAAAGCCA